AUGCAUCACGCCUCAAAAGCCUUGAUUUCCAAUAAUUUCAUGUUAACGUUUAUUCGAAACAGACGGAUCAUCAGUGUUAUAAGUACUCGAAGGACAUUCAACUUUAUCCGACCAAACCGACUCGAGCACAAUAUAUCGCAUAUUAUCCGCAAAGACAUAAGCCAAUGCCACAGCAUUUCCACUUCUAUAGGCGUUUUUUCUAAGGAUGCAGUGUUUAGUCCUAAUGCUGGAACAAGUGAUGUAGGCCAGAGCAUAAUACCAGUUGUAACACCGGAACUUGAAAGCGAAUCAUUACGGGAUCAUGAUCUGUCAAUCCAUAAGGAACGAAUAAUGAAAUCGACCAUAGGCACAAAAGCGGAUGUUUCCAAGAAAGAAGAGGAAAAGACAUUUCGAAUAGACGUGAUUGAUCGUGACAUUGAUGACAUCUGGAAAGAUUACAAAAAUGCAGAUCCCGUACAGUUACAGCAGAUGGAAGAGAGAGAUUUUAAUCAACUCCUUGCAGCGUUCAAACCACAUAUUUCAAAACCCGGUGUCUCACAGAUGAUGCGUACGAUAUUCAGUGAUAGACGUGACAAAGCUACAUCAGCAUACAAUAUCAUGAUUUCGAUGUUUGUGGAGUUGAAAGAUUUGGAAUCAGCGAGACAAUUGUUUAAGAAAAUGAAAAAGAUCGAAAUCUUUCCAGAUACCGUAACAUAUAACACUAUGAUUCAAGCUCACUCGAAACUAGGGUCUCCAAUGAACGCUAUUUUGAUGUUUGACGAAAUGCGAGAGCGCCAAAUUCUGCGCACGUUGCGAUCUUACACUCUUAUGAUUGAUGCAUGCGGAAAGACAACCAACGUAUACGGAGGCGAGACACGCAUCGAGAGAGCAAAGGCUUUUUUCGAACUGAUGAAAAAUGAGCAACUUCAGCCCGAUGAAAAGAUAUAUAAUACACUUAUUAAAGUUUGCGCUCAUAAUCACCCUCGUAUGGACCUUGCAUUGGAAUACUUUACGGAAAUGAAAAACGCUGGAUUAAUUCCAACAAUAGUAACUUACAAUACGCUUAUCAAAGGGUUCAUAGAUCGCAAGGAUAGGAUGCGAGCAUUGGAAAUAUUUGAGGAAAUGAAAGUUGCUGGUAUUCCUCCUGACGCUUUUAUCUAUGAACAGUUGGGAAGGAAGGGGAAGAAUGGGAUGUUAGAAUUGAAGUUGGUGAAGGCAAAGCUAACUAUUCGAGACUACAACGCUUUCUUAAAUCAUGCUCUUGUAGAGUCAAAUUACAGCGAAGCGCUCGAUAUCUAUAAAGAUAUGGUAAUUUCAAGAGUAAAACCAAACGCAGUUACAUAUUCGCUCUUAAUCAAUGUGCACGUCAAAUUACGCGAUCUUGAAAAUGCUAUACGUGUCUUGAACUCGAUGCAGGAUGAAGGAGUGAGACCCGAUACUUAUACGUAUUCUAAUAUCGUUAAUGGGCUUUUAUCUGACAGAAAUUUAAAGGUUGCAUUUGAAGUGUUGGAGAAUAUGAUAAAGUCGGAGGUUAAGCCGAAUGCAGGCUCAUUUAAUGCUUUUAUAACGGCAGCUCAAGAAGCCGACGAUUAUGAACUGGCCGAGUCGAUGUACGAAAGGAUGAAAUCGCUCAACGUGCAACCUGAUCGGAUUACGUUUAGGCUUAUACUAUGGCUUGCUGCCCAGCAUAAAGACGACAUUGUCAUCAAACGAUAUCUCAAGGAAAUGCGGGUCAACUAUGCGAUUAACGAGAACGCUGAAAUAUAUCAGCAAAUAAUAACUGGAUUUUGCAAGGCGGGGAAAUUGAGGGAUGCAUGGAGGUGGUACAAAAAGAUGCGUGAGCGGGAACUAAAACCGACCCAUUUUAUACUCAGCGUUCUGGCAAGUAAUUUCUAUAGCGCUGAACUGUAUGAAGACGCGCUUAAUAUCUGGCACAAGAUGGCUGCAUUCAAUUACGUGCCUGACGAGGAGGACAUUGACAUUUUUUUGAGUUGUUGCGAUGUAUUAGGAAAAGAUGGUGUUGCUGAUUCGAUCGCAAAAUAUAUGGAGAAUCAUAACGUCUUUAUAAAAGACAAAAGAGAGCGUUCGAUAGAUAGUCGGAAUAGUGACAAAUACAUUCCAGCCUCGAAAGAACGUCAAACGAACGCUCGUAGUAGUAGGCGAUACGGGACAGAUUAUAAUCGAUUAUCCAACUUUCGUGUCUAG